GUAACGUUUUCCGAUAAACCAUACCGGUCAGUGCCACUCACUCAUGCAGGUAUCAGUCGAUCUCCCUGCAGAGACCAUCCUUGGUUCAGGCAUACCUCUCAUCGGUACCAUGGCCUUUGAACUGUAAUGAUUUGGACAUCACAGAUACCCAGAUACAUGCGCAUCCUCUUGACCAUCCGACAGAAAUGAGUAUGAGUAUAAUACGAGGCAGGAUUCUUGUUACCAUGAACAAGCUGUAUACAGACAAUUGUACCCAUCUUACCGACUACAACUUCGUGACAAAUGUGGACUCGGAAAUAUCGUCCAUAAUCGACACCUUUCCGUGGUUCUUCGAUGCUCGAAACAGCCAUAGAUGGAUGGAAGUGCCUUCAGAGCUUGAAAAUAUCCAUUGGCAAUCCCACUUGCUCCAUACAAGCGUUUGUAUGCACCGGAUUAGGAUACACAGACCGUUCUUACACCCUCGCGUUGGCGAUGCAUGGAACGUGACGCUUACGGCGGCCGAAGGUGCACUUUCCGUUUAUCGAACGCUCCGGAUCGAUGGCUUAGAAAAGCUUAGGAAGCACAUGCGAUCUGGUGUUCAGAUGCAUCAAAUUUUCUCCGUGGCGGUGACCUUGGCAAUACUGCUUUUGGUAGAGCAGCCCGAGCCGAGCACUCAGACAAAGGCAAUUCGCGCGAGCAUCGAACUCGUGGUCUCAGAUUUGGAUGCUUUGGCCCUGAGAGAAAGUAUUCCUAGUGCGGCAGACGAGAGCCGGAUCAUCAGGGGCAUACUUGAGAUGUACGAUUGUCCAGAGAAAGCCGAGGCGGGCGACUUGAUCACGAAUAUCCAUACAGUGACCGGAGGCAAGAACAACAUCGAGCACUAUCUGCAGCAACGCAGACAGCUUGGGACAAGAAGAUUUCAGGCUCUGUCAGAACCAAGUAAGCUCGAACUCGGAUCUGCAGAACAGAGGUAUCCGACGCCGGACAUGUAUUUCGACGUCUUACAAUAUGACCUGAGUCAGUAUGAUUUCGGCAACUUCGUGGACUAUGGCAAUUGGGAUUGGGAAUCACUACUGGCAGUACACGAGCCCUGAACUUUGGUAACGGCCUGACUCAUGUUCAGCGGAAGCACAUAGGAUGACCGUUGACGUCCACAUUGAUAAGCUACUGGUGGAUUAGUGUCUUUGUUCAUGGUGUCUUCCAUUUGAUGUGCGCCAUCGAUGCAGGCCGACACGUUAUGCGUCUCAACAGGUUCAUUUCCGUGCCGCUUCCAGAGAACUUCGUCUCCUCCGCGACUUGCCUAGCCUUGCAGUAGGCUACGAGACAAGCUUUCGCAUACCUCGUUUCAUCCAAUCCGUCCCAAUCCACCAAUCU